CUGAUCUCAUCCCGUUUAUACAUUACCCUUGCAGGUUUUGCAAACCAGUCUCUCCGGAUAUCCUCCCUCUCCCACUGUUCCUCUUACACGCCUUCACUUAGCCCUCAGAUAUUCACAGCCCACAGAGAUUCACUUAGCCCUAUAAUAUUCUAGGCGUCGGUUUGUUUGCCCACACUGCGAUACCUGCUUAAAUCUUUACUCUACAUUACUCAACAACAUUUUCCCCCGCCGUCGAGUCACGCGUGGCAACCGGGCUGCUCUCUGGCAUCGUUCACUUCGCCUGAACUUUGUCCAAUCCUUCCUCCAAGCGUUAUCAACAUGCCUUGCAAGCUCGGCAUCACCUCCAUGUCCCUUGGCCGGUGCUACGCCAACCACUCGUUUACCACCAAGGUGGACGCUGCGCAAAAGUACGGGUACCGAGGCAUCGAGCUCUUCCACGAGGACCUCGCCGAUUUGGCCUUUUUUCUCUCCGGCGAGAACCCUACUCUCGCUGAACCCUCGCAUCAAGCUCAGAUGGCGGCCGCUCGACACAUCCGCCAACUCUGCGACGCAAGAAAAAUCGAGAUCAUCUGCCUUCAGCCCUUCAGCCAGUACGACGGACUCCUCGACCGCGCCGAGCACGAGCGCCGCCUGGAUCAGCUGCGCUUCUGGUUCGAACUUUCCCGCGAGCUCGCGACCGACAUCAUCCAGAUUCCGGCCAGUUUCCUUCCCGCCCACCUAGUCACCGAAGACUUCGACCUCAUCGUCUCAGACCUGCGCAAAGUCGCCGACAUGGGCCUGCGCGAGAACCCCCCCGUCCGCUUCGCCUAUGAGAGCCUCUGCUGGAGCACGCGCGUCGACACCUGGGAGCGCUGCUGGGACGUCGUUCGUGCUGUCGACCGUCGCAACUUUGGCAUGUGCCUCGACACGUUCAACAUCGCCGGCCGCAUCUACGCCGAUCCCGCCGCCGCUUCGGGCCGGACGGUCGACGCAGACGAGGCGGUGCGCGAGUCGAUCGCCCGCUUGGUCGAACAGGUCGACGUCACCAAGGUUUUCUACGUCCAGGUCGUCGACGCCGAGCGCCUCGAUGAGCCGCUGGUUCCUGGGCAUCGGUUUUACGACCCUGACCAGCCCGCGCGCAUGAGCUGGUCCCGGAAUUGCAGGCUGUUUUAUGGCGAGAAGGAGCGCGGUGCCUAUCUCCCUGUUAAGGACAUUGCACGGGCGUUUUUCCAUGGACUGGGCUUUGAGGGAUGGGUCUCGCUGGAGCUGUUCAACCGCCGCAUGGCUGACCGAAGUGCCGAGGUGCCCGAGGAACUGGCCAAGAGGGGUGCCAUCUCGUGGGCGAAACUGCAGAAGGACAUGGGGUUGAAGGUGGACAAGUUGAAGAAGACGAAAGCUGAGAGAGUAUUUGCGUUCUUGUAGAACAUGGCGUGGUGGGGCAUUGCCUUGUUUUGGAACACGACACGUGUCUUUUCGUUCCUUCUUCGGCGUUGAUGGGAUUGCUGGUUCGCUUAGGGGGUAGAGGUCGGGCAGGUUGAGAGCAAGCAGCGAGAUUAACGACGGCACUGAUUGUAUAGAUGACAGCGUGAGACACCUCGGAAAGUCGGUAGAUGGCAGCUAGACUAAUACCUGAUUCGAUAUUAUGUAACUUUAGCGACCCACAUCCUGGCUUACACUGCAACAUUUUCCGCCACCCAAUGAGCCUAUUCGUCCCCUUCUUGCACCCUCAUAUGCUUCGCCGCAAACUCAAUCGCCGCCGAGUAUCCGUAGGCACCCAUGCCACAAAUAACGGCAACAGCCCUGUCACUGAAAUAGCUAUGCUUCCUCCACGGCUCCCUGGCGUACACAUUCGACACGUGCAGCUCCACAAAGGGGAUAGCAACGCCCAACA